GUUUGAUGGCAACACCUUGACAUCUUCAUCUGUGGUCUUCUUCCUCCGUGGCUAUCGUGCUAGGUUUCACAGAGUUGCAGUUUUCAUUCAUUUCUUCACCCUCACACCAACGUCGCGAAACUAUUUAACUCUCUGAGAAGACCGUAAAUCUCUGUGCAGAACAUCUAAUUAAUCACUUCAAAGAUGCAGAAAUUGGGAGAGUUCAAGCUACCACAUUUCUUCAAUUACCCACCUUACUUCACUUUGCAGCCAGUAAGAGAUACUAGAGAGAAGCAGAUACAGUUAUGGAAAGAGCUUAUUUUAGAUUAUUGUAGAUCACAGAAGAUAUUUGUAAUUGCACUUGAAGAAGAAUUUCCUCUAUUUACAAAUCCUGUAAUUGAAAGGUCUCUUACUCAUGAAGCUAGAGAAAUUUUCCUUUCAGCAUUAGUUUUUGAAGGACGUGCAGAAUGGAUGGAUAAAGGACAUAGGAAAUGUCUUCUCCUCUGGCAUCGGAUUCAAGAUUGGGCUGACAUUUUAGUACAGUUUGCAAAAGAUAAUGGGCUUGAAGAUGGUGUUGUGACGAUAGAAGAAAUACGUUCAGGGACUGAAUCUCAUGGAACAGAGCUUCAUGGAAUAGAUCGAACUAUUUUGAAUCGGGCAUUGAAACUAUUAGAACAGAAGGGAAAGCUUGUGGUCUUUAAAGGAACUUCAACUGAUGACGAAGGAGUUAAAUUUUCUUUAUAAACUGUUGUGUAUUAAUUUAUUGACUCUCGGGAGAUUUCAAAUAUGUAAUCAAUAGGGGGCAUCUUUUACUGUCUACUUGAUGAGUUUGUUGUUGUGCAAGCACAAGCUGUAUUGAAUUGCAAUCAAUUUUCAUUUCGG